CACACAACGUGACAGAUGUGGUUUGAGUGGUUGCAUUUGAAGCAGUUCAUGUUUUUCCCUGCUGUAACAAAAUCCUUUCUGUCCCCAGGUGAUGUUGGAAACUAUUAUUAUGGCCAGGGACACCCCAUGAAGCCCCACAGGAUCCGGAUGACCCACAACCUACUGCUGAACUACGGCCUUUACAGGAAGAUGGAGAUAUAUCGCCCUCACAAGGCGAACGCGGAGGAGAUGACCAAGUACCACAGCGACGACUACAUCAAAUUCCUGAGAUCCAUCCGCCCAGACAACAUGUCUGAGUACAGCAAGCAGAUGCAGAGAUUUAACGUCGGGGAGGACUGCCCUGUGUUCGAUGGGCUGUUUGAGUUCUGUCAGCUCUCUGCUGGAGGCUCAGUUGCCAGCGCUGUGAAGCUGAACAAGCAGCAGACAGAUAUUGCUGUGAAUUGGGCAGGAGGCCUCCACCACGCUAAAAAGUCGGAGGCUUCUGGCUUCUGUUAUGUCAACGACAUUGUCCUGGCUAUCUUGGAGCUCUUAAAGUAUCACCAGAGGGUCCUGUAUAUCGACAUUGAUAUUCACCAUGGAGAUGGUGUGGAGGAAGCCUUCUAUACCACAGACCGUGUGAUGACCGUGUCCUUUCAUAAGUAUGGAGAGUACUUCCCAGGAACAGGGGACCUGCGGGACAUUGGUGCAGGCAAAGGCAAGUACUAUGCUGUCAACUAUCCCCUCCGGGAUGGGAUUGAUGAUGAGUCCUAUGAGGCAAUAUUCAAGCCGGUGAUAUCUAAAGUGAUGGAGACAUUCCAGCCUAGUGCAGUUGUCCUGCAGUGUGGGUCAGAUUCUCUGUCCGGAGACAGGCUGGGUUGUUUUAAUCUGACCAUCAAAGGUCAUGCCAAGUGUGUGGAGUUUGUCAAAAGUUUUAAUUUGCCCAUGCUGAUGCUGGGAGGAGGUGGCUACACGAUCCGCAACGUGGCCAGAUGCUGGACCUACGAGACUGCUGUGGCUUUGGACACUGAGAUCCCAAAUGAACUCCCAUAUAAUGACUAUUUUGAGUACUUCGGACCAGACUUUAAGCUGCACAUCAGUCCCUCAAACAUGACUAACCAGAAUACCAACGAGUAUCUCGAGAAGAUCAAGCAGCGUCUCUUUGAGAAUCUGCGCAUGCUGCCUCAUGCCCCUGGCGUCCAGAUGCAGCCAAUUCCUGAGGAUGCUGUUCAGGAAGACAGUGGAGAUGAAGAGGAAGAAGAUCCUGAGAAGCGCAUUUCAAUCCGCAAUUCUGAUAAGAGAAUAUCCUGCGAUGAGGAAUUCUCUGACUCUGAAGAUGAAGGGGAAGGAGGGCGCAAAAAUGUUGCUAACUUUAAGAAGGCCAAGCGUGCGAAAACAGAAGAGGAAAAAGAGGAGGAGGAGAAGAAGGACGAGAAAGAAGAAGAAAAAGCAAAAGAGGAGAAAGCCGAACCCAAGGGGGUGAAGGAAGAGACAAAAUCCACCUAAGAUGGCUGCAGCUGGACAGUACCUGUCAGUGCAUAGUUAUCGUAGGUUAGCUUCUCUGGUUGCCUCCCAUUCCACAGGAUUUAUAUUUUAUAUAUGUUUCUGUAUAUAUUUCUAUAUAAAUAUAUAAAUGACUUGA